AUGGAUACCAAGGCCGAUCACAUCCUCACACUCUCCUGCCCGGACCGCUCGGGCAUCGUCCACGCCGUGACAGGCUUGUUCGCCGGUCACGGACACAACAUUGCCGACCUCCAGCAGUUCAGUGAUCCCUCGUCGAACCGCUUCUUUAUGCGCGUUCACUUUCAGCCUUCGGCCUCCGAGGGCACCGCCCACCUCAACGGCCCCUUUGACGCCCUGGCCAAGGAGUACGAUAUGGACUUCACCAUCCGCCCCUUCGCCCAAAAGACCCGGGUCCUCAUCAUGGUGUCCAAGAUUGGCCACUGUCUCAAUGACCUGCUCUUCCGCAUGAAGACGGGCCAGCUCAACAUCGAGGUGCCCCUCAUCGUCUCGAACCACCCCGAGUUCGAGUCGCUCGCCCAGAGCUACGGUAUCCCUUUUAUCCACCUGCCCGUCACAGCCGCCACCAAGCAGGACCAGGAGAAGCAGGUUCUGAAGCUGGUGGGGGAGCACAACGUCGAGCUCGUCGUCUUGGCCCGCUACAUGCAGAUCCUGUCACCCACCUUGUGCGACGCCCUCCCCGGACGGAUCAUCAACAUCCACCACUCCUUCCUGCCCUCCUUCAAGGGCGCCAAGCCGUACCACCAAGCCUACGACCGCGGUGUCAAGAUCAUCGGGGCCACGGCGCACUUUGUGACGGCCAACCUUGACGAGGGCCCUAUCAUCGAGCAGGGCGUCAGCCGGGUAAAUCACGGCAUGGGACCCAAGCAACUGACAAGCGAGGGAUCCAACGUGGAGUGCACUACAUUGGCGACAGCCGUGCGUUGGUUUGCUGAGCGGAGACUGUUCAUGAACGGGGUGAAGACGGUUGUUUUCGCAUAG